CACAAUCAGUCCAGUGUAAUGACAAACAACAAUGAAACAGUAAAUAGUAAACACCUCAUUGUAAACUCAUCUCAAUAGCCUAUUUGCAACAUGAGUGAAGAGUUGUGUUGUCAUGGGAAGUAGAGUUUUGCCUGUCUGUCUACCCAAUGCUUGUCAGUAUUACCGUACGUUUUUGCAUGGAGAGACACCUUUCCAGACGAAUUUGUAUAUUAUGACCAUGUUCAUACAUGGACACAUAUCAUCAUUGUUUAGAGUAGCCAUUAAGGCUGGCGCAAACGUAUCUAUUUACAGAAAGAGAUUUGCAUGGAUGUCAAUCCUACAGGAUGCUCUUUAACCUAUAUAGGCUAAUGCUGUUCUUUUAAAGAGCCCUACACUCACUUGAAAUGUACUCAUGAGAAAUUGACAUGGCAUGUUUAACAUCUGUUUUAAUCUGUGAAAAUAUGAGAAACGAAACCAAGAUUGUUUGCACCUCCGAAGUCGCGAACAAUAGGCCUACAGUAGGUGUUCUACAGUAGGUGUUCAUGUUACAUUAAAAAAGGAGAAAUGCAACAACACUGCUAUUAGAAUAUGAUUGCAAAUUGGGCCUAUCAAAAUACGUUUCUCGCAGGGCUGCACAAGCACCCUAUCAAAACCAAUGUUAAUGACGCGCUGAGCAGGUGUGUCUGUAGUGAAAGCACCUGCGUCACUCUUUUCUGCGGUGGCCACACAUGCCGUAUAGUGUUCUUUUUAAAAAUAAUCGCAGUUUUCUGGAAGGGUGUUCUAUUUCAAGUAGUUCUCACAAUUUGUAUUUAUUUAUUUUACGUUAAUUGCACACAAAUCAUGAGCAACCCGAAUCAGCGACGUUUGUCCGCGAGUGGGAUGAACAAUGAAUCGGAGCUUUUAAAUAACACUGAUAUUUGCUCUUUGUUAAACCAACUAAACACUAAGGACAGGUUAUUGGCCGACAGCGACACAGCAGAUGAGAACGAUUCGGCGAAUGCUACCAACAUUUCAGAUGAAGUAAACGACGGGUUGACCUUCGUAAAAAGGCCUAUUAAGCCCAAACAUCGCGGUCUGAUUGACUGGAGAGAAUUUGAGGAUUCCCUGGAUUGUGACGAAGACUUCUUGGGAUGGCAGAGAGAGAGGAGAUCUGGUCAGAUGAGAGAUUUGGAGGAUUUACUACAACAACAGCUGCUCCUUAAAGCACAAGAGGAGAAACAGCAGCAGGAAACCUGUAUAGUUUAUAUGAAGACCAAGCAUAAAGGAGAGCUGUCAGAUUCACAUGCUGAAAUAACUGCCCUAAGACAGGAGAAUGAGCAGCUGAGGACUGCACUGCUGAAGGCGCAGACAGAGGUCACCCGCAUACAGACCCAGCUGGACAAACUCAAGCAGGAGCUCAUGGCCCAGGAGAGUGUUGAGAUGAAGGAGAAAACGCCUCCAUAUGCCCUGAUGGAACAGAUAAUGGGCAGGUCAUCACCCAUAGGAUUGAAAUCUCAUCUGGAGAGUGUCCCCAUUGGUCAUUGGUCAACCUGUAGAAUGUCAUCAAGAAGAUGUGACAAAAUCCCUGGAAGUUUCAUGCCCACCCAAAAACAGAUUUUGUUCUUAAAUAGUGGCCUGUCAGACAGUGAGUCUGUGCUGGAUCCUCUAAGCUAUGAUGAUCUGAAGGAGAGCGACAGGGAGUCAGCGCUGGAAUCGGGUCAGGACCCAACAUCAUCAAGAAGAUGUGACAAAAUCCCUGGAAGUUUCAUGCCCACCCAAAAACGGAUUUUGUUCUUAAAUAGUGGCCUGUCAGACAGUGAGUCUGUGCUGGAUCCUCUAAGCUGUGAUGAUCUGAAGGAGAGCGACCGAGAGUCAGCACUGGAAUCGGGUCAGGACACAACAGGGCUGGAGACUACUUUGGAGACUACUGAAUCUUCCAGUGGCAGUUCUGGUGGGCUGUACCAACAUAAACCACGACCUGGUCUUCCACUCCAGCCAGGAGGUGUGCCAUCAUGUGAGGAUGAGAGGAGCGAACCCACGUACCGGUUGGUUCUGGCAGGAGAUUUGGGCUCUGGGAAGUCCAGCUUUCUCCUGCGCCUCAGUCAACAUCAGUUCAAAGAGAACAUGCGCUCCACCGUUGGAGUUGACUGCCAGAUAAAACGCAUGCUUGUGGAUGGCAAGAGGACGGCUUUGCAAAUAUGGGACACUGCAGGCCAGGAAAGGUUCCAGAGUAUUUCUAGAUCAUACUUCCGGAAGGCCGAUGGAAUUCUUCUACUAUAUGACAUCACCUCUGAAAAGAGCUUCCUUAAUAUCACCCAGUGGUUAGAGCAAAUUGAGGCCUGCACUACCAGCCCUGUGCCCAUGUGUCUGGUGGGGAAUAAGGCCGACCUACGAGGUAAAGUGACCAGCAAUCUGUGUGUGAGCUCUGCCUGUGGGGUGCGUCUGGCUACGACAUGCGGAGCCCUCUUCUUUGAGACCAGUGCCAAAGAUGGAACUAAUGUUGUGGAGGCUGUGCUGCACCUAGCAAGGGAGGUGAGGAAGACUGGGUGUGUGCUGACUGAGUCCACUGUGCAGCUGUCCAGCCUUGGUGGCAGAGGUCCUACUGCAGGCAACUGUUGCUGGGCCUUGGCCUGACCUUAUAUCUCUGGACUCACUUCAGCCCAUGUUAAUAUAUUUCUAAACUAAAUGAAUGACCUAAUAAAUGUUUUACUUAGAUAAGUUCCCUCAUGUCAAUGUGGAUUUUUGUUUUUUUGUUUGUUUUGUUGAAGCUAACACACUCCUAACACACCUGUAAAAUAUGUACAUACCGUUUAAAAAUGCACAGUAUGUACAUAUUUUAUGUACAAAGCAUGUCUUAAUGUCUUUACUUAAUAAACUGCUAAUCUAAGUUGA